GCAAGUCUCACUCACUCACAAGUUCAUGACAUCCUCCUGACCCCCCACUUUCGCCCUUGACCGCAUCCACACCGUCAUUCCGCGGACGUGCAUCAAACGUCCCGCGCCAGCGACUUGUCACGAUGGCCACCACCAUGGACGACACGACCCUUUCGACGCUCGACCUGCUCGAGUCGCGACUCCUUCGUAUCGAGCAUCUACUAUAUGGCCAGGCUGUGUCACCGGCACUGGCCCAAGACCGGUCGGCUGUUGAGAAGAUUAGCCAGCUCGACCGGCGCUUCUCGCAUCUCCUGGACAAGUUCCGCGUCUAUGCCGAACUGAUAAAGAUUUACAAGGCGCAUCCGGACUUUUUUCAUGCAGCCGCUCCCUCCGAUCCCCCGUCGCAGCUAUCCAGCGAUGCCAUCCAAUCCAUCGUUCUCGCCUCGGCCUCUGCGUUUCCCGCGACUCUUUCGUCCCUGACCGCGAUCAAGGACAGCCCGAUACCCGAUCCAUCAGAGAGCGCAAACCUCGUUGCGUUGCAGGAUAGGAUGAAGGCUAUUGAGACGACUCAGAUUGCCCAGGCCGCCGAAAUCGCCGACCUUCGGAAACGGAGCGAGACGGUUAUUCGAUCAUGGUACGAGACAGGCGUCAUUGACAACUCGAGAACCAUGGCCGACCUGGAGUCACGGGUAGCGAUUGUUGAACGGCAAGUGAGGAGGGCAGAGCGAGAACUAGAAGCCGAGGACGAGUUAUGAGCGAUGCAUACGAGAUACCCAUUGGAAUUGAAGACAUGUUCGAGUGUGACGGCCAGGCAUAAGGGGCAAUUUGAGUUUGAUGCCCAUCAGCGGCAUAUUUAGCUUCGGGUCGAUGUCUCACGGCAGACCUUCAACAUAUUUCGGUCAUGAUCAAGACGACAUGCCAGUCCGCAAGGGAGAAGAGGCAUGUCCCAUGAUAAAUGAGUGGAUACACCAAAGCUGGACUACAUAGAGCACAACAGCAUGAGAAACUUGCGACAUCUAUAGCACUUAACAUGAUCAAGCACCACUUUCAC